CGCGAUGACGGCGCGGCGGGCGGCGGCAGCGGCCCCGGCCGCCCCGGCCCGCUCCCCCGGCUCUCCCUUGCCUCGGGCCGGCAGCUGGGGGGCCGCGUGGCGCGGCGCGGCGCUGCGCUUCGCCCUCGCCGUGCUCCUCCACACGGCCCAGGCCGAGAAGGAAGCUUUCAUCCAGUCAGAUGGCAUAAUAGAAAUGCUACGGUUUGAUGAAGGAGACCUAUUGCAGACUGAGACAACAAUUGGCCUCAGUUCAUAUCAACAGAAAAGUGUAUCCCUGUAUCGGGGAAAUUGUCGACCUCUCCGGUUUGAGCCACCAAUGCUGGACUUCCAUGAACAGCCAGUUGGAAUGCCAAAAAUGGAAAAAGUUUACCUACAUAAUCCUAGCUCAGAAGAAACAAUUACAUUAGUAUCAAUAUCUGCUACAACAUCACAUUUUCAUGCAUCAUUUUUUCAGAAUAGGAAAAUUCUUCCCGGAGGCAAUACAUCCUUUGAUGUAGUUUUCCUUGCGAGAGUAGUGGGAAAUGUGGAGAACACUUUAUUUAUUAACACUUCUAAUCAUGGGGUAUUUACUUAUCAGGUGUUUGGCAUUGGAGUACCGAACCCAUAUCGAUUGCGCCCUUUUAUUGGGGCAAGAGUUCCUGUAAAUAGCAGUUUUUCUCCUAUAAUAAAUAUACAUAACCCUCACAGUGAACCGUUGCAGGUGGUAGAAAUGUAUUCCAGUGGAGGUGAUCUCCACUUAGAGCUUCCAACAGGUCAGCAAGGAGGUACAAGGAAGUUAUGGGAAAUUCCUCCAUAUGAAACAAAAGGAGUGAUGAGAGCCAGCUUUUCUUCAAGAGAAGCAGAUAAUCAUACAGCCUUCAUUAGAAUAAAAACAAAUGCCUCAGACAGCACAGAAUUUAUCAUUCUCCCUGUAGAGGUAGAAGUUACAACAGCUCCGGGAAUCUAUUCAUCUACAGAAAUGCUGGAUUUUGGUACGCUACGAACACAAGAUCUGCCAAAAAUUUUAAAUCUGCAUUUAUUAAAUUCAGGAACAAAAGAUGUGCCAAUCACAAGUGUUAGACCUACACCACAGAAUGAAGCUAUAACAGUACAUUUCAAGCCAGUUACGUUAAAAGCCUCUGAAAGUAAAUAUACCAAAGUUGCAAGUAUUAGCUUUGAUGCAUCAAAAGCAAAAAAAGCAUCACAGUCUUCUGGGAAAAUAACCGUUAAAGCGAAAGAAAAGAGCUACUCCAAACUUGAAAUACCGUAUCAAGCAGAAGUAUUGGACGGAUAUUUGGGAUUUGAUCAUGCUGCCACACUCUUUCAUAUCCGUGACAGUCCUUCUGAUUCUGUGGAAAGACCAAUCUACCUAACAAACACGUUCAGUUUUGCAGUCCUCGUACAUGAUGUUUUGUUACCAGAAGAAGCAAAAACAAUGUUUAAAGUCCAGAACUUCAGCAAGCCUGUCUUAAUUCCACCUAAUGAAUCCAGAUAUAUUUUUACACUUCAUUUUAUGCCUUCCACAUCAUCUGUUCAUAUAGAUAACAAUAUUUUACUCAUCACCAAUGCUUCUAAAUUUCACCUACCUGUCCGAGCGUACACAGGGUUUUUAGAUUACUUUGUACUGCCCCCAAGAACUGAAGAACGAUUUAUAGAUUUUGGAAUAUUGAGCGCAACAGAAGCUACAAGCAUUUUAUUUGCAAUCAUCAACAGCAAUCCGAUAGAGCUGGCUAUAAAAAGUUGGCAUAUUAUAGGGGAUGGUUUGGCCAUAGAACUCCUAACAACUGAAAAAGGAAACAAAACAACAAUAAUUGCAAACCUUCCUGAACUACAAAGUGCUAGUGCGUCAGAUCAGUCUUCAGUGAUACUAACAUCUGGUUAUUAUGCUGUGUUUAGAGUAAAACUAAUAGCAAAAGAACUUGAAGGAAUUCAUGAUGGAGCUGUACAAAUCACAACAGACUAUGAGAUUUUAACUAUACCAGUGAAGGCGGUAAUUGCUGUAGGCUCACUGACUUGCUCCCCAAAACAUGUUUUUCUUCCACCGUCCUUUCCAGGAAAAGUAGUCCACCAGAGCCUGAACAUUAUGAACUCCUUUUCCCAGAAAGUGAAAAUACAGCACAUACACACCCUGUCUGAAGAUGUGAGGUUCUAUUAUAAGAGACUAAGAAGUAAUAAAGAAGAUUUAGAGCCAGGAAAAAAAUCAAAGAUUGCAAAUAUUUAUUUUGACCCUGGUUUACAAUGUGGGGAUCGUUGUUAUGUAGGAUUACCUUUUUUAUCUAAAUCGGAAUCUAAAGUUCAGCACAACUUAGCAAUGCAAGAAGAUACAUGGGAUUCUGACUGGGAUUUGCAUGAGAACUUGUUCAAAGGCUGGAUGGAAAUAAAAAAGAACUCAAGUCAUAGACCGAAUGCUGUAUUUGAAGUAGACACAGAUCUUCAGAAGGAUGUCCGGUUGAAAGUCACAGCAGAAAUGGCUUGGCCUUCCAUACUCAGUUCACCACGCCAUUUAAGCUUCCCACUUACCAAUACAAACAGUUCAUCAGAGGAAGAAAUUUUUCUAGAAAAUCCAGCUGACAUUCCUGUGUAUGUUCAAUUCCUUCCUAUAGCUCUGUAUUCUAACCCAUCCACCUUUGUCGAUAAGCUAUCGGAACGGUUUAAUUUGAGUAAACCAACAAAUUUCAAUCUGAAGACUCUAGAGUUCCAGGUCUUCAGAAACUGUGUCCAGCCACUGCAGAGCGCUGUGGGACUUACAAAGGGCCUGGCUCGGCAUUCAGUUUUAAGCCUAAUAUUAAAACCUGGAGAGAGAAAAUCUGUCAAAGUAAAAUUCACUCCAGUUCUUAAUAAAACUGUUUCAUCAUUAAUUGUUAUCAGAAAUAAUUUGACUGUAAUAGAUGCCAUAAUGGUACAAGGACAAGGAACGACUGAGAGCUUAAGGGUUGCAGGCAAACCUCCUGGUCCAGGAAGUUCUUUACGCUUUAAAAUCACAGAAGCAUUAUUAAAAGACUGUUCAGAAAAAAUGAAAUUAAAAGAACCAAAUUUCACACUGAGAAGAUCAUUUAAAGUGGAAAAUACAGGGCAGCUGCAGAUUAAUGUGAAAUCUAUGGAAAUCAGUGGAUACACAUGUGAAGGAUAUGGAUUUAAAGUAGUUAACUGUCAAGAGUUUGCACUAAGUGCCAAUGCUUCUAAAGACAUUGUCAUACUGUUUACACCAGAUUUCACUGCUUCCAGAGUCAUCCGUGAAUUAAAAUUCAUCACUGCAGGAGGCUCUGAAUUCGUAUUUGUCUUGAAUGCCUCUCUUCCAUAUCAUAUGUUAGCAACAUGUGCAGAAGCGUUGCCCAGGCCCAAUUGGGAACUCGCACUGUACAUAAUCAUCUCAGGAAUAAUGAGUGUCCUCUUUCUCUUGGUAAUUGGAACAGCCUAUCUAGAAGCUCAAGGAAUUUGGGAGCCAUUUAGGAGACGUCUAUCCUUUGAGGCGUCAAACCCUCCCUUUGAUAUGGGAAGGCCAUUUGAUCUCAGGCGAAUAGUUGGAAUUUCAUCUGACGGAAACUUGAAUGCGCUUGGGUCAGAUUCUCAUCACAGUUCAUCCAGAGGGAUCUACGGAGCAGGCAGUUCCUCUUCACGAUCCAGUGCAGGGAAUCACAAGCAAUGCAAUGCAACAGCACACCUUCACAGCAAUAGAAAUGCACCCGACGUUGAAAACAUCAAAUCUAAAAACAGUUCAAACAUACCUAAUAGGACUUCAGCACAAGCAGCUUCCACACAGUCAGCGAACAGAGCGGGCCCCUUUAUCUUGGAUUCAGGUGCCACAACUCAGACGGGUGCCACAGCUCAGACUCAUGCUGCAGGCAAAAGAGCCAAGGGUACAAGGCAGAACCAGCAGCUGAGCUCACAGCAGGCACCAGCUUCGGCAGAGCAGCCCCAGCAGCAGCCCCAGCCGCCUGGGCCCCAGCAGCAAGAGCAACAGACUGAAAGUGCUUUGCCGCAGCUACCACUUCUCAGCCCACCUCAGGCUGAAUGCGCCAGCAGCAGGAGGCACAGCUCAGAGGAUUCAGAUCUCACUGGGCUCAUAGAAACUAUGGACAAAGACUUUGACCACCCAGAAUCCCCCUCCCCAGAUGUGUUUACAGAGCAUCCCCCAUCUCCACUAGCAAAAAACAAAGGGAAAGGGAAAGUACUUCAGCGGAAGUCUAAGCCACAGAAGAAACGAGAGGAAAAGGAAAGAAGAGGGAAGGGAAAGCAACAGGAAGAAGAACUGAAGGAUUCCUUGGCAGAUGAUGACAGUUCUUCAACCACAACCGAAACCUCCAACCCAGAUACAGAACCACUUCUGAAAGAGGAGCCUGAAAAACAAAAGGGAAAAGCUACACCAGAAAAAAAUGAAAAUGAAACAGUCCAAGUAAAACAGAAAAGUAAAAAACUGCUAGCAAAUAUCAAGAAAGAAAUCCCUGUAGAUGUGAAGGCCAGUUCUUUGGAAUUGUCUUAUACUCCCCCAAUGGAAAGCAAGCAGCGCAAAACCUUUCCAUCUAAGAUAUCUACACAGCACCUUUUGACGAAUGGGUCCAAAUCCAGAAACCUUCCGAAAACAAGAGGUCCAAACAAUAAGUUAAUGGAGAGCAGGCCAUCAGUAUUAGCAAAAUUUCUCCCUAGUGGUUCUGGACAGGAGCUAGGAAACACCAGCAGCUCAGAAGGGGAAAAGGAUUCUCCACCCCCCGAGUGGGACUCGGUGCCACUUCACAAAACCGGCAGCUCUACAGACAACCUCUAUAAGCUCUCUCUACAAACCCUGAACGCAGAUGCUUUCCUGAAACAGCGACAGCCCUCGCCAACGCCUGCUUCUCCAUCUCCUCCUCCUCCUGCAUCUCUAGCUUUUGCGCCGCGAGGAGGCACUUACAGCAGCAUUGUGAACAGCAGCUGCAGCAAUGAAACAAAGAGCAAGCAGCCUAAUGGUACCAAACACAAGCUGGCAAAGGCAGCUUCUCUUCCAGGCUGGAAUGGUAACCCCACUUUUGCUGCUGUAGCUGCUGGUUAUGACAAGAGCCCAGGUGGCAGUGGCUUAGCAAAGGUUUCACCAACUAAGACAGAUGUUUCCAGCAAUAUCAGCAUUUCCCACACAGUUGUUGACAGCGAUGGCUCUGACAGCUCGGGUUUGUGGAGUCCUAUCAGCAAUCCUAGUAGUCCUGAUUUCACACCUCUCAAUUCAUUCUCUGCAUUUGGACAUUCUUUUAACCUAACUGGAGAGGUUUUUAGUAAACUUGGUUUAGCUCGAUCUGCUUAUGGGCAGGAUGUUCAGAGAAACUGGAGUGAAUUUAAUAAUGUUCCAUCAUCCAUCUGGGACCCUUCAGCUACAGAUUCUGUACCCUCGUGGCCAACCAGUUCAAGUUCCCCAACUCAUACAACUGCACAUAUGUGCACUGAAUCUAUUGGCCCUGAGUCGAUCCUUGGCAACCCAAGUGGCCUGUGGUCCACCACUCCAUUCAGCAGUUCCAUUUGGUCAAGUAAUCUCAACAGUGCCCUCCCCUUCGCCACUCCAGCAAAUGCAUUGUCAGGGAUUGAUCUCAUGGGUAGUGAAAACUCACCACCACCACCGCCUCCCCCACCUCCUCCAUCAACUGCUGCCACUGUUGCCAAUCCUGCUGAAGACAUGGGACAGACCUACAACCCUUGGAGAAUCUGGAGCCCUACAAUUGGAAGAAGAAGCUCAGAUCCUUGGUCUAAUUCACACUAUCCUCACGAAAACUGAAAUUAAGCAAAAGGAAAGAACUUUUAUCCAGGUCAUGAUACAAUUCUGAAUGCUAAUUUUUGAAACAUCAUUUUCAGGCUGUUGCUGGUCAUUGCUUUUUUUUCUUCCCCCCACUCUGCCGGUCAUGCUUUCAUCACUUGCUCCUUUUAAAGUCUAUCUUGCAAUAUGGUAGUGUGAGAUUGCAGAUAAGCUUGAAAAAGUCUGGAUCUGGUCACAAAUCAAACUACAGCUGAAGCCUGUAAAUCUGAACACCGGUUUCAUAUUUUACCAUCUGCCACUUCUUAUUUAGGAAACAAUUUGAACUAUAAAAUGGUCCUGGCAUGCAAUACUUUUAUCAAAGUACCGGGUUUGGUUUUUAAAUUUUUUCCAGUAUUAUGCUCCAAGAUCUAAUUUUAAAACAAAUAAAGCACUUUGUGCUAAAAUGCAGAGUAUUUUUUUAAAAUAAGGCUGUCUUUGUUAACACAGGUUAUAAGAAUGUAAAAAAAAACCAACAAACAACAACACACAACCUUAAGAGCAAAAUGGCUGAAUGUAAGAGCAUUCUGUUAAGACUGUAAUACACUUUCUGUGCUGUUUGUACAUUUGUAAACCUGAAUGCAUUUUUAAGUUCAACUGAAAUGCACACAGCCAAGACUUGUGGAAGAAACAAGAUACCUUGUGCAUUUCUUAUGGAUACAACUUUGUGUUGUACUUUAAAAUAAAUACUGCUUUUUUCAA